CCUCUAUUUCCCUGCCCUAACCAGUAAACAAUAGAGAGAGAAAAUUAUAAAACAGAGCUAGAGAGAGAAACCAAACCCAAAAAUCUGCAAAAACCAGUGUAUUCGUAUUCGAAAUUUCACACUACAAUUUCAAUCUCUUCAUCCCUCAUCCACAACCGUUGAUUUCAAUUUUCAAUUUCGUUCAUCGUUUUCCCUUACACGAAAACACGUUAGGGUUCUUUUACAGCUUACGAAUUCAUUCAUAGCAGAAAUUUCAUACACGAAUUUCCACUUCGUUCAUAUUCGUGUAAUUCUAAGCGCGUGAUUUUUUUUUGGUUUGCGGCUUUUGGUUUUGUAUGAGAUAUAGGAUUACGUAUUUGAUGGAUGAGAUCUGGGAGAGGGCUGUGGAAACGGCGUUAGAAGGCGAGAAAGACCACGCCUCUGCUCGGACGUUAACGCUUGACGGCGCCGUUAAGUGUGUGCAAGGACGUUUACCUCCUCCGAGCCUUCUAGAGAGGUUCCAGAACCUUCAGCACCUUUCGAUUGCGAACGUCGGCGUUUCUUCUCUGGAGCAGUUCCCGAGGCUCCGGAGUCUUCAGAAGUUGAACCUCUCCGACAACCGGAUCGCCGGAGGACUUGAGUAUUUGGUUCAAGCGGGACUCGAUUCGCUGCGAGACCUCGAUCUGUCGAACAAUAGGAUUCAGUCGAUCGAGGAUCUCGCUCCGUUAGCGGAGUUGAAGCUUGUUUCGUUGGAUCUAUAUGAGUGUGCUGUUACUCGUGUUAAGGAUUAUCGAUCUAGGGUUUUUGGUUUGAUUAAGUCGCUUAAGUUCUUGGAUAAGAUGGAUGCGGAGGAGAACGAGAGGCCGGAGUCGGAUGAUGAGGAGGAUGAGGAUGAAGAGGAGGAGGAAGAGGAGGAGGAUCCUGGGAGUGGUGAGAUUGAUGGAGGAGAAGAAGAUCGACCGUUUGGGAUGAGCAAUGGUCAUAGUGAGGGGGUUGAUGGAGUUGUCGAUGCUGAUGAGGAAGAGGAGAGUGAUGCGGAUGAGGAGGUGACGGAGACUUCCAGGGGGAGGGUGAAUGGGGUGAACCAUCAGGAGAAUGGGUUCCAUGUUGCCCCUGCUGUGGGUGAUGACGUAGAGGAGGAAGAUGACGAUGAGGAUUCCGGGGAAGAGAUUGACGAGGAGGAGGGUGAUGAUGAUGAUGUGGUUGAGGUUCACGAGAUUGAUGAUAGUGAUGAUGACGACGAUGGGGUUGAGUUUGAUGAGGAUGAUGAUGAUGACGAUGAUGAUGAAGAGGUUGAUAAUGAUGAAGGGGAUUUUGCUGAACCUGAGAGUACUUCUGGACGGUUGGUGAGUACUGAAGGCGAGAUUGAUGGGCACGAGCAAGGUGAGGAAGAUGGAGACGAAGAUGACAAUGGGGAGACUGGUGAAGAUGAGAUGGGAGUAGAAGAAGAUGAAGAUGACGAUGAUGAUGAUGAUGAUGGGGAGUUUGAAGAUGAAGAUGAGGAAGAAGACUAUGGUGCUGGAUAUCUUGUUCAGCCAGUUGGACAGGCUGAGGCUCUCAACGAUGAUGCUGCUGAAAUUUUUGAAGUGGAAAACGAGGAUGGUGAAGAGGAGGAAGAAGUUGACGAUGAUGAAGACGAUGAUGUUCAAGAAGUGUUACCUCCUGCCUCUUCACACCCCAAGAGGAAGAGGGACAACGAUGGUGAAGAUGACGAGGAAGACGAAGAUGAAGCAGCACUCACAAAGCCAUCCAAGAAGCACCAUUGAUGGCCACACCAUUAUAAAUUAUAUCAUGUUCUUGUUCUGUGAUGACUUCCAUGUAUUGGAAGCAGAGAAACCUCAGUUUAGAUAUAGAACAAUGGUUAGUCUUUAGGAAUUUAGCUGUUGGACAGAGGACAUACUAGGAAAAGGAAUUGUGUGUUGGGUGGAAAUGUGUUAAGUUCAAAAAGUUGUUUUUUUCCCUCAUGGCUUUCACAUAUAGCCGUUGCCCUAUUAAUCAAAUUUUCAAAUGGUAGUUAGUUAUCAAGAGGUUUACCGCUCAUGUGCUCAAUGCAGGUGUGUUUGGCUUAUAAAAAGGAGUUUGCUUGUUGAUUC